GUUGAAGCUGCAUCCCUGCUCCUUGGCAACAAUGACACUUCUCGCGAGAAUUGGGCUAUAGCGUUGUGGAGAGCAAAGAUCUUUGUGUUCAGGUAGUUUUCAAACAAUAAAAUACUGAAUUCGUCUACUUAAGAUAAACGCGCUUUAUGAUAGUUGCAUUUGAAAGUUAAUAUGUUAGUCACGUUUUUAACACACUAUCUUGGCGAAAAAAAGAAACGAAUGACUACAACAUGACUUCCGCAUCCGUUCAUUUCGGCUUCGCGGGUCAACUCGAAAGGAAGAGUCGACGUUAUAUUUUGUCGUUGUAAUGGAAAACAUAUGUUUUAAGUAUGUUUGAUUAGAUAGUUUAAUCGUGUCGAUUACUUGUGUAAUCAUCCAGCAUGUCACUACUGUCCAAUGUGGAGCAGGCUAUCAAGUCAUGCAAAGCCGAACAAACCAGGAUUAAUGACAGUAUUCAACUCUACAGAGAACUAUUACAGUGUUUAACACCACAAACCAAGUCGGCUUUUCAUGAGUCAGAAUGUGCAGAUACGACUGCUGCAGAGACAAGUACGUCACCAGGCGAGAAGGAAGAUAUAGAAUUGCUUGAGCAAGUACUGGAGAAAGCCCUUCAGGUCCGCACUGGCUCCAGAACUUCUACAAAGGACCCAGACAGACACAAGCAAUCUAGAACUCAAAAGGAAACAGGCUCUUCUAGUACAGCAUCCAAAGACAUAGCGGUGUACAAAGGAAGUCAAACGACUGUCAGAUCGACAGCUAAAUCUGACAGUGUUGAAAGAAAAGAGCACAAAAAACUUGCCGCAUCAGUGUCCUCCACGCUGGGCUCCAGAACAUCAGCUAACAAAAAUCAAGGACAUUCCAAAAUAACAAACAAUAGAAGCAAACCACAGUUCUUGUCAGCUGAGGCUGUGCAUCACGGGGCAGCCAGGAAACUGCAGCAGGCUGGUUCAGUGUCUGUCGCUCCUGGUCGAAUCUCAGCCUUGCACGCUAAAAACAAGACCAUUAAAAGCAGUGAGCUGAGAGGUGAUGACCUGGACAAAGCUGCAGCUAUCUCCACACCUUCAAACAACCCAGGGCAUUUUUCACACACUGAUGUGGCUGGGGUGCAGGGUUUGCCUCAACAUGAUGGGAUAACAGAGCAGAUAACAAAAUGGAAAUCUUUAAGGAAGAAGGAAAACAGGUUGUGGGACAAAGUUAUUGCCCUACAAAGGAACCCUAUGCCUGGGAGGUGUCACUUCAUGGAGAGAAUGAGACUUACGUUCCCCAAGGCUCAGCCAUGUGGCAGUUCAGAGGAGACCAGAGUUCUGGUCGACAAGUCGACUUACCCAGGGCGCCGUCUCACCAAUCUCUGCCAGACGGAGGAACUUCAGGCUAAAGCGAUCCCACGAGCAGCAACAGAUCCUGGUACUGAAACAACCAAGUAUGGCUCCUCCUAUCUGACACGUGAAAGGAUGCCGGCAACGCCAGCAGAACUCCAGAACUUUGCAUACCCAGUAAAACAAGAGGUGGAAGCAUGGGAUCGAUGGAGGCCAGAGGGAGCUUGUCUCUGUCCUAGAGGGGCAAAUAGUAUGUGGGAAGAUGAGUUGAUCUCACCGCUGCCCCCGACUAUAAGCUACACAACGGAGUCAGAGCUCCGAGAGCUGGAGAAGCUGAGGAUGCGGGUGGUGCUGCUGAAACAGGAGAUAAACCUCGAGCAGGCUCUGCUGGACACUCUGUCCCCUCAGCUCUCAUCCAUAGCACCUGGACCUGGAUGUCUCAACUACAGUGUGCUGAGAGACAUUUACUCCCUACUGGGGGAAGGAGGGGUGCGUUUCCCUGCCACAGUCCUGGACACUGAACCUGACUGACCCCACAAAGUACAGUAUUGCACUGAGUGACCAGUUUAUGAGGUUCUCUGCCCUGUCCCAUAUACAGUUUAUACAUAAAAGAAAUGAAAUCAGACACAGACCGCUCAGUUUCUUACAUUACAUUUCAUUAAAACUGGAGCAUUGUGUCGUUCAUCAUGUAUAUCAUCAUACUCUAUAUUGGACUAUAAUACCUAAUUUACUGAUAAUUCAAGAGUAUAUGCAGUAUAUUUGUCUGUGGAUGAAUAAUCUAGGUCAUUAUUGUACCAUUCAAGCAAAUAUUGUGAUCAUUUAUCAUAUUUUGUGAAUGUCUGUGACUGAUUUUGACCUUUUUAAGUGGAAAAACGGAUGUGACACAUCACAAAUGUGAUUUAUUAUUUUCAGAUCAUUUAUUUAGUGUUUGGUUUUUUGCAUCAAUUAUUCAUAUCUCUUAUCCAGGUGGGGUUUGUGGGGGCAGCUGGAGUCGAGUCCCAGCUGACAUCAGAGAGUGUUUUGUUUAAAUGGUUGGUUUGCCUCUAUCAGCAUGCCAACACUUAACUAUAUCAUAAUUUGCAUUUUUAAUAUAUAUAUAGUAGCAUUAUCUUUAAUUUAAAAAAAAAAAAAAAAAAUUAAAGGUCAAGGAUCGAGCCUUCCUCACUCAGCCAGUGCCAGCAGGUGGCACUCAACUCACAGAGGACAUAACCACAGAGCACAUAAGUGAGGGACUAAUGUGACAUACAUGAGUAGUACAGUGGUAUAUAAAAAUCAGUAAAAGGAAGGAAAAGGAAAUAAAAUAAUGUGUGUUAGCUAUAAUAUAGAGCUGCAUUUCUCCAUAAUGAUAGCUUUGAUUUGCAUGUUGGGGGUUUUAUAAUCUGGCAUAUGGUGAAAAAUUGCACAUAUGGGGCUAAUACUACAUCUGUGAUCUGUGAGAAUGGCUUCUUAUGGUUUUUCCCCGCAGCAAAUGUGAUGUGAGGGUGUAUGUGAGACACGGGGAAGCCAAAAAAGCCUUGUGCCCAAAGAUGCCAUGUGGUUGACACGAACUGUUCCAGACUGGGCGACAGGUGGCGCUGGGCUCACACAGCAGGACGUGGGUGUUUGAGCCCUGCUGCACCAAACCUCAUCUACACAUAAAUGUAGGGACACGCACAACCAAAGCUGUACGAGUCAGGGGAACAAUGCACUUGAAGGCUUGGCUCUCCUUUGCCCAAGGAGAGAAUAAAAAGGACCAUUUCAACCUUAGAUUGUCUUUUACUGUGGUCUUGGAGAACAUGAAAACAGUAAAACAAAGAAAUGUGCCUGGCUUAAAUAAAAUAUCCACUCCAACUUUUGCAAGGCCUCCGGUGUCUACAUCCUCGCAUAACCUAAACAGACUGCAUUAUGCUGAAAAUCCAGCUGCAAGCCUUGUCUCUCACAAGUACUCCCAUGAUCACAUAACCCCUACACUCCAACAGCUUCACCGUCUCCCUGGUAGUGCUACUGCAUUUAUAUCAAAGUGGGUUUGCUCGUCCUUAACAAUCUGGCUCGUCCAUACCUCUCAAACCUCUACCACCCCCACAUACCAUCUCGCUCAUUACGCUCCUCUGUCACCCAUCUUCACUUCAUUCCACCCUCUGGCUCUGCUCUGCACUAUGGGUGACCGGACUUUCACUGUGGCUGGUCCUAGUCUGUGGAAUGUGUUAAUGCACCUCACCUAAAAAACGCAGCCUUUUCAUGAUACGCCAUCAUUUUCAACCGUAGGGUAAUUGCUUCUACCAUACUGAUGUAUUUGUGGUAUUGUUUAUUUCAUUUGAUUUUGUUUUUACAUAGCAUUUUAUCAUUCAUUCAAGAAUUACUGUUUUAAGUGCUUAUUCUGUGUCCAAGGGUGUCUUGAAAGGCACUUCAAAUAAAAUGUAUUCUUAUUUAUUA